AUGAUGCACAACGGAAAGAAUUAUCCUUCAUCGUUCGACAAGGAAAUUCCAGAGACUUUACUAGUUCAUGCCUGUACGUGGAAUGUAGCCUCUCAGGAACCAAACCGAUCCUAUCUACAACGAUACUUUUCAAAAUUAUUCAUUGAUGAGAGUGAUGGUUCAGUGCCUGAUAUUAUCGUGUUAGGUUUUCAGGAAAUUGAGAUGAAUGCCAAGGCAUUGAUUACUGAGCAGACAGAGGCUGCUUCUGUAUGGAGAUCAGUUCUAUCUGAGGUUUUUCCAUCGUAUGAUUGUAUUGCUUGCCAUCAGUUGGUUGGAUUAUGUAUAUUUGUGUGGGUGCAGUUUAAAUUGGCUAGAUAUUGCUCUCCUUGUAUGGUGAGUGAGGUGAGAGAGGGAUUUUCGAGAGCUCUCGGAAACAAGGGAUCUGUCAGUGUUAGAUUUAAAUUGUUUAAUAGACAACUCAAUUUUAUCAAUGUUCAUCUUCCAGCUCACACAGAAAAAUUAUUGGAAAGAAAUGCAGCUUUGAAUUCAAUUAUUAGCAAGGCAGUGGAAGAUCCUUCUCUAAUUCACAACAGUUCUUUACAAUUUCACAACAGCACCAAUAAGAAUGUAUCAAUAACCACAAACGAUGAUUUUGUGAUUAUUAUUGGAGAUUUUAAUUACCGUAUUGAUAGUGAUUUUAGUUGUGCAGAGGUGAUUAAAAAGAUUUCACAGGGACGAUUGGCCAUUCUCUACAAGUGUGACCAAUUACAAAAGGAGAAACGACUUGGUAAAAUUCUGAAAGGAUAUCAUGAAGCUGGAACAUUGGAUUUCAUUCCUACUUACAAGUGUAAAUCAUUUGAUCCAAGUGAUCUUAUUGGAAUUGAUUUUAAUGACAUUUCCAAUAUUUUCAGCUCCAAAAAAGAGAGAGUUCCUUCAUGGUGUGACAGAAUAUUUUUCAAGUACAAUGCUAGAAUUCAAGUUCUUCAAUAUUCAUCAGAGAUUACAAUUUGUACAAGUGAUCACAAACCAGUGAUUGCCAAAAUGUUAUUACAUAUUGGAGAAAAUUUCAAGGAGCAGACAAUUCCAGAAGUUGAGGUUGUAGAUGAUUUGCUGAGCUUUGAGGAUAAUACCUCUCCUACAAUUAAUAUGGAACAGCAACCAGCUAACGACGCUCAGCAACCAAUUAGAAAAUUACCACCACUACCAAAACAUUUACUUGCCAUGAAGAAUUCUAUAUCUACUGAAAAUUUUGAUCAAUUCACAACUGAAAUGGAACAACCAAAUAUUCUUAAUGCUCCAUCAUCAUCAUCCAUUCAGGAUAAUACAGUGUGGGGAUUUUUCUCUGAUGACUCUCCACAACAACGAUCUCAAUCUCCACCAAAGGUAAUACCAAGAGAUAAUAGUGGUUAUAAUGGUAACAACAAUAAUGGCACUCAAAUUGUGGUCACCUCAAACAAUGGAGCUACACCAAGUAUUCCACAAAGGAAUACAUCCCUGACUGGAUUUGCAGCUUUGGCUUCAAGGCAUAAAUCUGCUACCACAAUUUCUACAACAACCACUCCAAAUAACAGUGCAACACCAACACCAACCUCAACAAAUAAUGAGAACACAAAUAAUGGACUCAGUCCAACCUCUCCAAACAAGACCUUCCCACGAUCAGUUUCGAAUGAAAGAAUUCCAAGACCUUUGCCUCAACCAAAACGGGUGAGUGGAACCUUCCAACAAGUUAGUGGACAGCCAUCUUUACAACCAAAUGUACAACAAGUUCAACCAAUUUAUCCAACCAAUGCAGUUCAACAAUCUUUCCAACAAACAAAUGUACAGCCAACUAAUUCACAAAACAAUAUCAAUGGAGCAAAUUCGAAUGGCUCAGAUUUUGAUUGGUGGUUAAAUUAA